CCCCUUUUCGACCUCCCCCGUUCUCUCGACAUAGAUUCGAAUCAUAAUUAAUCCUCAUUGAUGUUCAGGAUCGUUGCUUCGAAGAGAUUAGCAUUGCUAAGAUCUACUUAUCGAUCUUCCUUCAGACCAUUUCACCAUAGCGCUGUGCGAACGAGAAGCCCAUCCUCAGCAACCGCCUAUUCAGAACUGCCUGGUCUUGAUGACCAUAGGAAGCUUCACCUAUCGGAAGAUGCAAUUGGUAUUGGAGACUCCGCCGCCGUGUCUGCGGCGAGCGUAGCUGAUCUGAGCUCUGUUGAAAAUGGGCCUAAAUCCGGGAGAGUUGCAAAACGGACAGCAACACAAAGCAAAGCGGCCACCACUAAGACCAAAACCAAAGGGAAAACAAAAGCGGCCAGCAAGGUUGAAGCCGGCACAGCAUCUGUCUCUCCGAAACGAAAACCUAGGAGUAGGAAGACCGUGAACAAUCAACAGAAUUCAAUUGAGAAUCAAAAGGAGUCCAGUACUCUGUUUGGGGAUACCAGGAAGCCUGAGAAUCUCCAGAAGCAUCUCGCCAGACAGUACAGCACAUUAAAAAAGAGGGUCCAAUCAAAACGAAUGAACGUUGUCAGCCGGAGUCUGUGUGAUGAUAUUAUCGAACGCUUAAAGCCUUCCCUCGAGCAAUACAAAGGAUGUGAUAUCAUCGAUAUUAAUCCAGGGGCUGGUGUCUGGUCUUCGAAGCUGCACGAUCAUCUCAAGCCUCGAAGCCACAUUAUGAUGGAACCCGACGAUGCCGUAUAUGCACCCUUUCUGCAACCACUUGUAGACAAACCGAACUCCACCUACAAAUUGGUACCAAAAUCCGGGAUCAUAUGGACGCAGCUGGAGAAGAUUCUCACGGAGGAGUACCUGCCACAGCAAAAAAAGUUGUCUUCAAGUGACCCUGAACUGUCUCGGGCGAAUACGUCUCUUCUGGUUAUUGGCAAUCUAGGAGUGACCCCAAGAAAACCCUACAAAGGAUUUGGUUCCCUAGCACAGCUCACUUUGUAUCAAUUCUUGAGUGCUAUGAAAGCUCACUCAUUAUUUCACCAAUACGGAUUGAUACGAAUGCUAUUGUGGGUAAACGACGAAGAAAAGAGCACCGUACUUUCCCGCAGCGUUCGUCAAAGGAGCAAAGCUACUAUCGAGAUGGAAAUAGCUUGUCCUCAAUCUGCUGAGAUUGCUUCCUCAACAUCCAGGCUCCCUGAAGCCUACCAGAGAGAGCCUUCCAUCGACUUCGAAGGCUUACGACAAGUACUAGAACGAAUGAAGAAGAAUGGCAUUAAAACUCCUCCUGGGCGUGAAAGUAUAAUGAUGGAUGAGCUAGCCCAGGGCACAUCUGUGGAGACAAUACGAAAAUUUAGAGAACGCCCAAACCAAGUCGCUAAGCUAGAAGAAAUGCGACGAGGUGGUGUUGACGUAACCUCUUCAGGUAAACUUUCAGGCACAGAAGACAGCAACUUGAACAAGUAUAGGUACAUUGCUUCAAGCCUAAAAUCCUUUCAUAGAAAGAGGGCUGCUAUGCGAGAACUUGUCGAGGAACACAACGAGAUUAUGGCCUUGGCGAAGGACCUUCACAACAGACCUUCAUCAAAGGAAACCGAUUCGACGAGAGACAAUUACCUGCAGCGCCACGCGGCAUGGCGACAGCGUGUCUCGACCGAAAUCGGCUUGAAGAGCAACGCCGAACUACAGCUUUGGCUAGAUAACUGGCAUUGCUUUCACGAGCAGUAUCUGAUCUGGGAUCGUCGAGAAUUCGAGCCACUGCGUGUACGUGCCGAUGAGUUUUAUCCCCAGAAAGAAAUGGCACUAUUCGAUCUGUGGCCCGAGACCCAAUCGCCUAUUCUCCGAGAGAAUUAUCCCGAGAACGAUGAAAUACUAGAGUUUAUCAUUGCUCAGCUCUACCUCACUCCGACCCAGAGUGUACAAAAAGGGCUCGGUUCACUUUGGCCUGGUGCUUUCGAAUGGUUGAGCGAGCAUUGUCCUUCGAUCAAAGAUCCAACCAAAGGAGGUUGGCCAGAUCUCAAUGAGAUGAAUAUUCGGCGAUUGUCCAGUGACAUGUUUCUGGAGAUCCUCGAAGCUUGGGUCGAAUGGCCCUGGAGACCAACCAGAUGGGAUAUCAUGCAUAAGUUGGGGUCCGAGCAGUUCGACCCAGCAGCUGCUGAACGAGACGAAUGAGAUUGUGUGGCACCCUGUAUUCACAUGUGUAUAAUGUAGAUAGAAGUCUCACGGAGAGGCAUGUACCAGUCCAGUGAUGUAUAAUUAUGAGUUACGAGACUGGAUCACUUCUUUUGGUCGUCACCUUCUGACCUCGAGAUGUCACCAGCACAUCGUGAGCAAUAAAAUUACC